AUGGAGAUAUUCCUUCUUACAGCUGGUGUGGUACUUACUGUGGCUGCUUGUGAGAACAGGUAUUCAAGAACUCGCUCCAGUUAUGAUGAUGAUUAUGACUUGGGCAGUAGUAGCUCCUAUCACCAACGCUCACAUAACCAUUGCUAUCGUUGUAAUCAGAAAACAUCAUGCCGAAAGCAAACUGCAACUAGUGGUCUACUGUCAGUACCCGGUUUGGGGAUAUCUGCAGGUCAGCAAGUGGCUCCAAGAGUGGGGUCAACAUCCACUCGGACUUCAGGACUUAGCAGCAGUAAGGGAUCUAAAACAAUUAACAAGUCUCUACAAACAAAAUCGAAAACACAAAGUGCUCCAAAGCCUGAAAUUGUUUCUCAACAAAUGCCAAAAGCGGUUCCACGGUCCAAUUCAAAGGACAAAGUCUCUACAAAGCCUUCUAGUGGCACACUUAAGCUCGAUAAAUCAAGUUCACAAAGGAAGCUAUCUUUUUCAAAUUUGUUUAAACGGAGCCAAAGGGGGUUUGCUGAUCGAUCAAAGAAGCAGCAUUUGCAAGAUGAGAGGUGUAUAGAUAGUUCCAAAGAUGCAAGGAUAUUUCUUGGUGACAAUAAGUCACCAAUUAGUACAGAAUCUAUGCCUUUGUUUCCACCUACUUUUCACGAGAGUACUGCUCAAUUGACAGGAAAAAAUGAAUGUUUACCGGAAUACUCCUUUGUGCCACCACCUAGGUAUGAGGACAAAGAAGAGUAG